CGAAGGUAUAAUGUAUUGCCUAUCCCAAAGGUAGAAAUGUUGAAAACCAGAGGCAGAGGCCAUUAAAAUUUCUCAAAAAAACUGAAAAAGAAUGUCAUAUGUCAUAAUUAUAACCUCAAAUAUAUAAAUAAAAUAUAUUGUUUACAAGUUUUAAAAAUAUAAAAAUAAUGUCUCUCUCCAGAUCUCUUCCUCAAAGUAAAGAAGCCUUGUUGAAAUCCUACAGGACUCGUUUAAAAGAUGACGUCAAAAGUAUGCUGGAAAAUUUUGAAGAAAUCGUUAAGCUUUCUAAAGGCGAACACGACACUCAACUAUCAAGAAUGACGCAGUGCGAACAAGAUACAUAUGAAAUGCAUGUACGAGCUGCGAAUAUUGUAAGAGCUGGUGAAUCUUUGAUGAAAUUGGUUUCUGAUAUUAAACAGUACCUUAUUUUAAACGAUUUUCCUUCUGUUAAUGAGGCUAUCACCCACAACUCAAAGGUUUUUAGGUCAAAACAAGCAGAAUGUGAUCAAAAAUUGAUGUCGUUAAGAGAUGAUAUGGCUGCUGAUCUUUAUGAUUUAGAAGAAGAGUAUUAUAGCAGCAUAAACAAAUAGUUCUCAGUCUGGUUUAUAUUAUUUAUGAAUGAAUUGUCAAUUUAAAUAACUUUAGGUAUUAGUGUUAUUACUGUCUUGUGAAAUGAAAUAUGUUUACAUUUUUAAUAAAGAAAUUUAAUAUA